CUGACAUGCUCACACUGCUGAUUCACUCCGUCUCAAAUCAACACGCUCAGGAAACCCAAACCUAAGGGAGGAAGGUACACUGGAUGCUGUUGUCUGUGAGCUGACCGGAUGUAAGAGAAAUAGCGUUUUUUUCUUCUAUGAUGGUUCUGGAUGUUCACCAUGAGAGAAACUAUGGAGGAUGGGAUCAGCGAAGUAUUAUCCAGCGUUGUGGAGGAUGUUAGUGAAGCCGUCAACAGAAACAUUAGUGGCUCUCAGCUUCUGCAUGAACUACUGAGCGCUCCAUGGCUUCGCGCCUUACUAAAGAUUUACGAGUGCCUGAUGCGGUUCCAGAGAUUGUCACCAAGCCCCCUUCUACCUUGUGCCUCCGGACUCUUAUUUGAGAUCAUGGCCGUCAUACAAAGAGCGCACCGUCCUUCGGCUGAAGCUCGUGAGCUCUACAACCUCCUCAGCUCUCCACAUGUCCAGGCCCUCCUAUCAUCUCACGACAGCGUGGCGCAGUCUGACUAUUUACCCGUCCUUUCUCCGCUGCCCGACGAGUUACCAGAGGACGAGGAGGCCAUGAGGAUCGUUUGUCUUGUAAAGAAUAACCAGCCUCUGAGUGAAAAGGGUUGCAGAAGUUCAGAAGACCAGGUUGGAGUGGUCCGUAGCCGUUGGAGCAGUCUUCGUCGACUCACGUUGGAGCGCCUGAUCCCUGCAAGGAGGGCGUUGUCUGGGGAGGAGCUCAGAAUGGCCGAGACGGCCAGGCCUUUGCCUCUCCAUGGAAAUCCACCCUGCCACUUUCUUCCCCAUUACGAGUCGAUGGGAAGUUGUCGUUUAUGUCCACAAAACACAGAACUUUGGGAGCGAGGGCUCAACCACUCGGCUCCGGCCGUCUUGAACCCAGAAACAUGUUCCGAGAGACUCACGCCCAACAAAGAGGACGAUGCUUCUAGUGGAGGGAGCAGUGACGACUAUUCUUACCCUCCCCCUCCAAUCCCGGCCUACACUGUCAGUCUUCCCAACUCUCCCCUCAUGCACAAAAAGGUUGCUCCAGGAGGGGAAUCAAGGAGCAUUCUUACUCCUGGUAGAGUCCACACAGCACCAGUCAUUCCUGCAACUCAAUCUUCUUCUAAGCAAAAAGGAGUCAGCACUCUCCCAAAUCCUGUGAGGCAUUGUCAGAAAGAGUCUUUAAGGGCUUCAUGUGCGGUCAAUUCUUCUCCACAUCACAACAAACCACAACAGCAACUGCAGAAACAUCAUCAACCUCCUGGGUUUGACAAAACCUGCAGCAUGGAGGAGCUCAGGACCACGGUUCAGACCGUGGCCAGCAGUAUCGAGCACAGUAGCCAGGACGUACGCCACCUGGAGCAGAAAAUGGUGGCGGCGACAGAAAUGAUCACGGACCGCGUCGAAGAAAACGUCCAGGCCCUCAACCUUCUCGCCGAGGUGGUGGAUAAGCUCCAGGGGAUCAUCGUGGCCAGAAACCACACCGAAACGUCUCCUCCAUGCAGGCCGAACCCGAACCGUCGGCCAACGCCGCCGCCAAGAGUCUCCUCGUUAUCUCCAGUGAUGAUCCACAAACCUCCCACGCCUUAUCCACGGCCGCUCUCGCACUCCUCUGCUGCCUCCAGCUCUUCUUCCUCCUCCUCCUCCUCUUCUUCUUCAUCUGCCGGUUCCUGUGCAGACAGUUUUGCAGGAUACCGCAGCCCAAAGGGAUUGCACGGAGGAAACAAACCCAGCAAGAGAUCAGAAGCUGCAGACCAUAACGGACACAUUCGAUUCCACAAUGGAGCUGUUGCAAGAGCUCAACAAGAAGACAAGCAGGACUGCAAUAUCACAGGCUGCUUGACAACAAGCAAGAAGAAGAAGAAAGAUAAGCAGCUAUUUUAGAAAUAACGUCUGCAUCAUCAUUAGAAACAGACGAAAUUGAUCUACCAGGCUUUUUCUUACAAAUUCAUAUCAACUUUUUCUCGCCACAAAUUCAGACAGCUUUGCAUUUUACUGGAUCAACUGAAGAAUGUAAAAUGAAAUUAAACAAGAGGUACAAAAAGGUUUAUGUGCUUAAUUUAAAUUUUCAUUAAGUUUAUUUGUGACAAUUGUUCCCAUUUUCUCAUCAAAGCCAUCAUUUUAUGCUGCUGUUCUGUUUGGGGCUUAAACAUAAAAUCUUCAUACUAAAUCUGAUUUAGGCCAUUUUUUCCCCCCACAUCCCGUUAUUUUCUUUAACAAAAUGACAAAUGAUAUAUUGAUAAAUCUU